CAUACAGUUUGACAAAUCAAUGGGCUGCAUCCAUAAGAAAGAAAUCCAAAAAAGUGAAAAUUGGAAGAGAAGAGCCACCAUGUCUUCUCCUCCUGCAAUUGUGAAUCUGCGGAUGUUAUUUGUAUGUUGUAUUCUCAUUGCAGUGAAGGGUGGAUGGGAUGAGGAAGUUGGAUUACUUAGAAGAGGAGGAGAACAGAGAGAGUUCGAUUACUUCAAGCUAGCUCUUCAAUGGCCCGGCACCUAUUGCCGGAAAACUCGCCAUUGCUGCUCUUCCAACGCCUGUUGCACUCGCUCAAACUCGCCAUCUGUAUUCACAAUUCAUGGACUUUGGACAGAGUAUAACGAUGGAACUUGGCCUUCCUGCUGUUCUGGUCGCCCUUUUGAUGAGAAGGAGAUUUCAACAUUGCUUGAGCCAAUGAGGAAGUAUUGGCCUUCUUUAAGUUGUGGUUCCCCCAGAUCUUGCCAUCACAAAAAAGGACCAUUCUGGGGUCAUGAGUGGGAAAAACAUGGGACAUGUGCUUAUCCAGUUGUCCAUGACGAAUAUGAAUUCUUUUUGACAACGUUGAAUGUUUACUUCAAAUAUAACGUCACAGAAGUUCUAUUUGAAGCUGGAUAUGUACCAUCAAAUUCCGAAAAGUAUCCAUUAGGAGGCAUCAUUUCAGCCAUUCAAAAUGCUUUUCAUACAACCCCAGAGUUGGUAUGCUCAGGCGAUGCCCUGGAAGAACUUCGUAUAUGUUUCUUUAAGAAUUUUGAGCCUCGUGACUGUGCAUAUGAUACAAGCUUAAGAAGGUCAUGUCCUCAGUACGUCAGCCUGCCAGCCCAUGGAUCAUGGGGGUUUAGAAGCAAUACAACAGCAGCUUCUUAGUCUGCAGAAUGGUCUCUGGUUUCAUCAGAUAAUUUGACGAAGGUGCCGAAUGACCUUGGCUUUAUUGCUUUACGGUGAAGCCUGUCACAAUACAAGUUUCAGCUUCGGAUUGGUUAAUCCUUUCUCAUGUGCAAAUCUACAAGUGGAUGAAUAAUAUUUCCUCUAUACUUUCUAGGUCUAUUAUCAACGUAACCGUAACCAGAUUAAAAAUGUUCCCCUUUCUGCUAUUCCAGUUUAUCAAAGUAAAUUUUCGACAUGGUUUGUACAUACUGGUGCAUGAAUAUAAAGAACUGUUGGGUUUCUUUUA